AUGCAGUCCAUGGCCAUGGAUGUCCCUUUGAACCAACCUCCGGAAGAUAGUAUCUCGGAUAUCCGAUUCUCCCCCGCUGCUGAACACCUGGCCGUCGCCUCGUGGGACAAGAAGGUGCGCAUCUACGAGAUCAACGAACAGGGACAGAGUGAAGGAAAAGCUUUGUUUGAGCACGAGGCCCCGGUAUUGAACUGCUGUUGGUCACCGGAUGGAACGAAAGUCGUCGGCGCAGGUGCCGACAAGGCGGCGCGCAUGCUGGAUCUCGCCUCGAGUCAGACAACCCAGGUGGCCGCGCACGACGCCCCGAUCCGUAGCUGCCACAUGAUUCCCAACCCGCAGGGAGCCACCCCGUUGCUGAUCACCGGCUCGUGGGACAAGACGAUAAAGUACUGGGAUUUGCGGCAACAGACCCCGAUCGCGACGGUGGAGUGCCAGGAGCGCGUCUACACAAUGGACGUCAAGAACAAGCUCCUGGUGGUGGGGACGGCGGACCGCUACAUCAACAUCAUCAACCUCGACCAGCCGACCAAGUUCUUCAAGACGAUGCAGUCCCCCCUUAAGUGGCAGACGCGGGUAGUCAGCUGCUUCGCUGACUCCACGGGCUUCGCCGUCGGCAGCGUCGAGGGCCGCUGCGCCAUCCAGUACGUCGAUGACAAGGACUCCAGCUCCAACUUCAGCUUCAAGUGCCACCGCGAGACCCCGCCCAACCAGCGCGACGUCAGCAACAUCUACUCGGUCAACGCCAUCUCCUUCCACCCCGUCCACGGCACCUUCAGCACCGCCGGCAGCGACGGCACCUUCCACUUCUGGGACAAGGACGCCAAACACCGUCUCAAGGGCUACCCCUCCGUCGGCGGCACCAUCUCCACCACCGCCUUCAACCGCGGCGGCACCAUCUUCGCCUACGCCGUCAGCUAUGACUGGAGCAAGGGCUACUCCGCGAACACCCCACAACUCCCCAACAAGGUCAUGCUGCACCCCGUCGCGCAGGAGGAAGUCAAGCCCAGACCGGGUACUCGCAAGCGGUAAAUAGGUGGGGAGAAGUGGUCUAACGCCGGGAGAAGGAAGCGAGGAGAGAUAGGGGAGGAAGAGUGCUGCGUGCAUUCGUGUAUCAUGCAUGCCAAAGGCGUAUGUGUGCGGUAUACCCGAUGUUCAACGGGACAUCUAGAGAUUGCGGAAACAACAAGCAUUGACAGAAAUAUCAAACAAUUUGCACUCCAGGCCAUUAUCCGCAUUUCUCUCUUCCCUUUCUCCCUUUCCUUUUUCACCAUUUUAUGUAUGUCUCCUCACUAUGAUCUUUUCUUUUUUGGUUCUGAGUAUAAUGCAUCUGAGCGAUUCAUUUCAGGUUAGAAUCGGGUCCGAUUUUUUUGUCAUUUGGGUUGAAGUAGGGAAGCAUUGUAAAGUAGACGCUGUCACGCGAUGUACUCUGAAAGGGUGGAGUCAUCACCAUUAGUCCCCGACCUGUCGCGGAAACACAAAGGGGAAGAAAAUUCAUCUCUAUGUCUUCUACCAUGACGG